AUGGCGCCUGCAUCGGAUCAGGUUCAGGCUCAGUGGCUGGCCCGAGUAGCUGAGAUGCGAGAGGCUUUGGAUGCCAUACGCUCUAUGAAGACGACUGGGGACACCAGUCAGCCCAAAUAUGGCGAUGAUUUGGUGCUCUCAGAAGACGAACUGUCUCCAACUCCAUCGGACGAUGAUAUCUGGCUUACCUCAAGUCAUUCGUUUGCUGCAGAUGCACACAUCGAAACGGAUGUUAGUCAGCUUAACAACACAGGUUCAAGCAGUGCAGUUCAUGGCAUACAGUGGCUUAAGGGAUGCUGUACUCAGCUAGGAAGAAGAAAAAGCGGAUUAGACUCGGACUCGCUUUUUGAGCAGAUCAUGGCUGUCCUCGCUGCUGAAGAGAAUGAUGAUGCGCUGCAAAUGACCCUCGCAGACCUGGUAGGAUACGACGAUCUCGACUUGGUUACGGACAUUAUCAGCCACCGUCAAGAGCUUAGUUCCUCUCACACUAGAAAGCCUACACAUUCUGUUCAGACUAGAGAACGGAGGCUUCUCACUCGUCAGGAAAGAGAAGAGGCACUUCGCAAGCAGGACAUCGAGCACAAGGCAGCAUCUCUAGGACCGUCAGUUGACCGCGGUCAAGCUCACUACCCCCAUGUGUACCGCAAGCAUGAUGCUGGUAAUACGCUUUCUACUCACGGCAAAAAAUACCUCCUGCCUGAAGGCAGCGACAGAAUCGAGCACGAGAAGUACGAGGAGUACUCUAUACCCGCUACCAAAGUCGGGACCAUUGCCGCCUCUCAGAAGCUAAUUCAGAUAUCCGAGCUCGAUGGCUUGUGCCGGAUGACUUUCCGCGGCUACAAGACUUUGAAUAGGAUGCAGAGCUUGGUCUAUCCCGUGGCAUAUGCGACGAGUGAGAACAUGUUGAUCUGCGCUCCAACCGGCGCAGGUAAGACGGACGCCGCCGUGCUCACCAUCUUGAACGCCAUUUCGAAGCACGUUGCCCCUCUUCCGUCCGAAUCUCAUGAUGUAGUGGACUUCACGGUGGCCUAUAACGACUUCAAAGUUGUUUAUGUCGCGCCAAUGAAAGCAUUGGCCGCCGAGGUCACUGACAAACUCGGGAAGAGAUUGGCUUGGCUUGGCGUGAAGGCUCGUGAACUCACAGGCGACAUGCAGAUGACGAAGACGGAGAUCAUGCAAACCCAGAUUAUUGUCACAACUCCCGAGAAGUGGGACGUUGUGACCAGAAAGAGCACGGGAGAUACAGAGCUGGUCCAGAAAGUGCGCCUGCUCAUUAUCGACGAGGUUCACAUGCUCCAUGAUGAGCGAGGCGCGGUCCUCGAGUCUCUCGUUGCCCGAACUCAACGGCAAGUGGAAAGCACGCAGUCCCUGAUCCGAGUGAUCGGUUUGUCUGCAACGUUACCCAACUUCGUAGACGUCGCGGAUUUUCUAAAAGUGAACCGGAUGACGGGACUGUUCUACUUUGAUGCUUCUUUCCGACCGGUGCCGCUGGAGCAGCAUUUCCUGGGUGUAAAGGGAAAAGCAGGAACGAGAGCGUCGAAAGACAACAUCGACCAGGUGUCCUUCGAGAAGGUGACCGACAUGCUGCGCGAGGGUCAUCAAGUCAUGGUGUUCGUACACUCUCGAAAAGACACCGUCAAAACAGCUCGAACCUUUUACGAAAAAGCCAUCGAGGAAGGCUGCGUAGAUUUGUUCGACCCGACGACACAUCCCAGGUACGAUAUGGCUAUACGGGAUGCGAAGCAAUCCAAAGGAAAGGAGAUUCGAGAAUUGCUUCCUAAAGGCAUGGGAACGCACCAUGCUGGUAUGCCGAGGACAGACCGCAAUCUUAUGGAACGACUAUUUGCAGAAGGCGUACUCAAUGUCCUCUGCUGUACAGCAACUCUCGCAUGGGGUGUGAACUUACCCGCUGCGGCCGUGCUGAUCAAGGGCACUCAAGUCUAUAGCGCGCAAGAGGGCAAGUUUAUCGAUUUAGGCAUUCUCGAUGUCAUCCAGAUCUUCGGUCGUGCAGGUCGACCUCAGUUCCAAGCAACUGGAAUAGGUUUCCUCUGUACAACUCACGAUAGGCUCCAGCACUAUCUCACUGCUGUCACUCAACAACAACCGAUCGAGUCGAAUUUCUCCAAGAAAAUGGUGGACAAUCUGAAUGCGGAGAUUGCCCUGGGCACCGUGACUUCGGUGCCGGAAGCGGUGCAAUGGCUUGGGUACUCGUAUCUGUUUGUCAGGAUGCAGCGAAAUCCUUUGACGUAUGGGAUUGAUUGGGCUGAGAUACGCGACGAUCCGCACCUGGUUCAAAGGAGACGGAAACUCGUAAUUGAAGCCGCUCGAACUCUGGCACUUUCGCAGAUGAUCAUAUUUAAUGAGACAACCGAAGACCUGCGUACCAAAGAUGUGGGACGAAUUGCUAGUCAAUACUACGUUUCCCAAACUAGUAUUGAGAUCUUUAAUAAGAUGAUGCAACCACAUGCGACUGAAGCAGAUGUUUUGAAGAUGAUCAGCAUGAGCGGCGAGUUUGACAACAUUCAAGCCCGCGAAACCGAAGAGAAGGAACUGAGUCGACUCAUAGAGGAGCAAUAUGUUCCAUGCCAGGUCGAAGGAGGCAUUGGGUCUGCCCAUGCAAAGACAAACAUCCUUCUUCAAUCACACAUCUCCCGUGCACGUCUAGAAGACUUCACAUUAGUUUCCGACACGGCAUACGUUGCACAGAACGCAGCGCGUAUAUGCCGAGCGGUGUUCAUGAUAGCGCUGAACAGGGGCUGGGGGUAUCAGUGUCUGGUACUCUCGGGACUAUGCAAGUCAGUCGAGAAACGAUUAUGGCCCUAUCAGCAUCCAUUCCAUCAGUUCGAUCUUCCUUGGCCGGUGCUGAGGAAUCUCGACAACAAAGGCUCGAUAACGUCAAUCGAAUCGAUGCGCGAAAUGGAUGCGGCUGAGAUCGGCCAGUUGGUGCAUAACAACAGUAUGGGUAGGACUAUCUCGAACCUUCUGGAUAUCUUCCCAACUUUGACCGUGGAGACGGACAUUGCGCCGUUGAAUCGCGAUGUUCUCCGCGUUCGACUGUAUCUGAUUCCCGAGUUUCGCUGGAACGACCGGCACCAUGGCACGUCGGAGCCGUAUUGGGUCUGGGUGGAGAAUUCGGACACGUCCGAGAUAUAUCACCAAGAGUACUUCAUAUUGAACAGGAAGAAGCUCCACGACGAUCAUCAGCUGGACUUCACCAUCCCGCUCUCAGACCCACUGCCGUCCCAGAUCUAUGUUCGAGCUGUGUCGGAUCGAUGGCUAGGCUGCGAGACCGUCACCGCCGUGUCUUUCCAGCAUUUGAUUCGGCCUGACACUGAAAAUGUGUACACCGAUUUGCUCAAUCUGCAGCCCUUGCCCAUAACUGCUUUGAAGAACCCGGCAUUGGAGGAGCUAUAUGGAACAAGGUUCCAGUACUUCAACCCAAUGCAGACGCAACUCUUCCACACCAUGUACCAUACGGAUGCAAACGUCUUACUUGGUUCCCCCACCGGAAGUGGAAAGACCAUUGCCGCCGAACUUGCCAUGUGGUGGGCAUUCAGGGAAAAUCCGGGUUCUAAGGUUGUGUAUAUCGCACCGAUGAAGGCGCUUGUCCGUGAACGAGUCUUGGACUGGGGAAAGAGACUGGCUGGACCUAUGGGAUUCAAGUUGGUCGAGUUGACUGGAGACAAUACACCAGACACAAGAUCGAUUCGUGAUGCAGACGUGAUCAUCACGACGCCUGAAAAGUGGGACGGCAUCAGUCGUAGUUGGCAGACUCGGUCUUAUGUCCGCCAAGUUAGUCUCGUCAUCAUUGAUGAGAUCCACCUACUUGGUGGCGACCGAGGCCCGGUCCUCGAGAUUAUCGUCUCUCGAAUGAACUACAUCGCAUCGCAGAAGAAGGGCUCCGUAAGGCUGGUGGGGAUGUCCACCGCGUGUGCCAACGCCAUGGAUCUCGCCAACUGGCUCGGCGUCAAGGAAGGGCUUUUCAAUUUCCGUCACUCCGUCCGACCGGUGCCCCUCGAGAUCUUCAUUGAUGGCUUCCCCGACCAAAGAGCCUUUAGUCCGUUCAUGCAGUCAAUGAACCGCCCUACCUUCCUCGCCAUCAAGAACCAUUCGCCAGACAAACCGGUCAUCGUCUUUGUCGCUUCUCGGCGACAGACUCGGUUGACGGCGAAAGACCUCAUCAAUCUUUGCGGAAUGGAGGACAACCCACGGAGAUUCGUCCAUAUGUCUGAGGAUGACUUGGUCCUUAACCUUCGCCGGGCGAAGGAUGAAGCUUUCCAAGAAGCUUUGAGUUUUGGCAUCGGUCUUCAUCAUGCCGGGCUAGUUGAGUCGGACCGCCAAUUGGCCGAAGAACUCUUUGCGGCCAACAAAAUUCAAAUCUUGAUCGCAACAAGCACGUUGGCAUGGGGAGUAAAUCUACCAGCCCACCUUGUCGUCGUCAAGGGCACUCAAUUCUUCGAUGCCAAGAUCGAAGGGUACAAAGACAUGGACCUCACCGACGUGCUUCAGAUGCUUGGACGAGCCGGACGACCGCAGUUUGACACCUCAGGAGUUGCUCGAAUCUUCACUCAGGAAAGCAAGAAGGCAUUCUAUAAGCACUUUUUACACACCGGAUUCCCCGUCGAGUCAUCGCUCCACAAGGUUCUGGAAGACCAUCUGGGAGCCGAGAUAUCGGCCGGAACGAUUACGACAAAGCAAGAUUCUCUGGAUUACCUGACAUGGACGUUCUUCUACCGGAGGCUACAUAAGAACCCUUCAUUCUACGGGCUGGAAAUAUCCGCGGAAGAUUACAACACCAUCUCCGCUCAACAGACCGCCAAUGAGUACAUGGUCUCUCUGGUCGACACCGCUUUGAAUGAGUUGGCACAGUCAUCUUGCAUUGAUAUCACAGACAACACCGGAGAGCUGUCGUCGACCCCGAUGGGCAAGAUCAUGUCAUACUAUUACAUGUCGCACAAGACCAUUCGUUCCAUUCUCAACGCUUCUCGCCCCAAGGUUCUAAGCUCACGGCAGGUGGCUGUUUCGUUCGGUGAUGUCCUGUCCUGGGUCAGUCUCGCUACUGAGUACGAUGAGUUGCCAGUCCGUCAUAACGAGGACUUGGUCAACGCCGAGCUGGCCAAACAUCUGCCGCUCGACGCAGAGGCAUUAAAGCUGGUGAUGUGGGAUCCACACGUGAAGGCAUUUCUACUUCUACAAGCACACUUUAGUCGCGUCGACCUUCCCAUUUCCGACUAUGUCGGCGACUUGAACAGCGUACUCGACCAGAGCAUUCGAAUCAUGCAGGGAACGAUCGACAUCAUGGCCGAAUUAGGCAGCCUCGCCGCAGUACGCGCGGUCGUUAUCCUCCUUCAGUGCGUGAAAAGCGCGAGGUGGCCAGAAGAUGGACCGCUGAGCAUCUUCCCUGACGUCGACGUUGAGGCCGAAAAGGCUCGCAUGGUCGAUUCGAAGAGCGCGCCACGCGAUCUAGUCCAGCUCGCAGCCAUGAGACCGGACCAGGUCAGGUCCCUGGCGCAGAAGCUGAACGUUCCCAGCUCUCAACGCGAUGCGUUCGCGAAGGCCGUUGCUCGACUCCCCUGCGUAGACGUCAGCCUUGGUACGGUAUCUGCCACUGAAGUCAGCAUCGACUUGAAGCGACAGAAUCCGUUUGUGCCCGACGGUCGUAUGUAUGCUCCAAGGUUUCCGAAACAGCAAAGCGAAGGUUUCUUCGUCCUGGUUUCCUCCAAGACUACCGGCGAGCUCCUAGGACUGAAGCGUGUGAAUUGGCAGCAGAAGAGAAGAGGUGAGGCGAAAUCCGCUUUGAGUCAGCUUGCCAGCGCCCGACUCAGGGUACCGCCUAGCGUGGAUAGCAGGAUGGUGGAGGUUGCGGUGCUGAGCGAUGGGUAUAUCGGUAUGGAAUGGAACAUCCACGAUGUGGAAGUUCCGGGGGUUCCUGUCGUCGGUGAACACGAUGUACAAAAGAUGAAGUAGAACAAUUCAU